UCUCAAUCUGGAAUAAAGUUGCUGCAUAGAAUGAGUUACUGGUUACAUGAGGCUGGUAGUGACUCGCUGCAGUGAGAGAGCAAUCUAUCAGUCCGCAGUCAUGAACACUGCUGCGUUGAUCCGUGGAAUGAAAGGCAUCCUGAUAUUUUCCAUUGUGCUCAUGGUUGGUUUCAGUUUAUACAACCCUGUGAUUGUCAUGAAGAAGAAAUUAACAUUCUUGUCAUACUUUGACGAGUUUGUGUGGCGUUCCAAGGUUCCACCAGCCACAAUAAAUUCCAGGAACUUGACCGCGGUUGAGGUGCUCAGUGGUCAGCCCAGAGCAGAGCCGACCCCACAGCCCUGCCAUCCGAACCCUGCUUUCAACAGCCUGACCUCCAAGCUCAAGCCAAUCUACAAGGACUUCAUGAUGUACCGACAUUGCAGGAACUUCCCUCUCCUGCGCAAGGCCAGCAGCUGCGAUAGGGAAGGCACCUUCCUGCUGUUGGCAGUUAAGUCCCUGGCGGAGCACGCCGACCGCCGGGCAUCCAUCCGCAGCACCUGGGGGCAGGAGCGGGUGGUGGAAGGGGCAUUAGUGCGCCGCGUCUUUCUCCUGGGCCUUACAGAGCGCCAGAUCCGUUCACAAGCUGUGCAGGCCCUGGUGGACCACGAGAGCAAGCAGUACAACGACAUCAUCCAAUGGGGCUUUCGCGAGUCCUUCUUCAACGUCACACUAAAAGAGACCCUCUUCUGGCAAUGGUUCUCCCAGGACUGCCGGGCUGUGAAGUUUGUCUUCAAGGGUGAUGAUGAUGUGUUUGUUAACGUGGAGAAUGUCGUGGAUUUUUUAAAGGAUCACAAUCCUUCCCAGGACCUUUAUGUGGGGGAUGUCUUCAGAAACUGGUACCCGUCCAGAGCUGAGCACAGCAAGUACUACAUCCCACUCUUUCUGUACGGCAACAAACCUUAUCCUCCCUAUGCUGGAGGGGGUGGUUACCUGUUGUCUGGAACGUCAAUCCUCAAGCUACACAAGGCUGCCGAAUUUGAGGAGCUCUUUCCUAUCGAUGAUGCUUUUGUGGGAAUCUGUGCCCAGAAGGCCAACAUUGAUGCAAUCCCGCACAGAGGCUUCCGUACCUACGGGGAUAUUCCAUUCGACCCGUGCGUUUACCAAGGAUUAAUGGUCGUUCACCGAGUAAUGCCCAAUGAAUUGUGGCUGAUCUGGAGCUUGCUAAAGAUGAGCACAAAGCCAUGCAGUCGUUUCACAAGAUUCUCUGUUAAACCAUGAAGAAAUGGCUCUUUCUAUGCCGUUAACUACCUGACAGCAACACUCGAGCCUUUGGAUUCGAGCAGAAGACACUAAAGACAAAUCAGAGUUGGGAGAUGUGUUCUGCUGCUCUCUGAAUCCUUCCCAUGCUCCAUUGAAAUGUUCUGAAUGUUGAUCUUGCUGAGGACAGCUAAUUGGACACAAAUCAGCCUCUCUGUGGAUGUCUAGCCCAAGGUCUGACACCUGGCUUUUGUCUUUUGGGGCAAGAUGCGUACCUGUUAGCUGUGGCCACUCUGUUUACCAAAGAGCAAAGGAUCCCUCCUGGUAUCUUGGCCAAUGCUUACCCCUUUCUCAACAGGGCUUCAAUAGAUUAUUUGGCCACUGCUUUUAACAUGGCCCUGCUCUCAGCAAUUUCUCAAUAUUACAGUAGGCACUGCAUUUCAGAAAUAUUCCUGUGGCUGUGCUUGGGCAUUCAGAAGUUGUGAAAAGGUGCCCUCAUGUUAGUUCUAUUUACCUCCUAAAAUGAACCGUUGACGCUAUUAUGCUUGUUGGGAUCCUGAGAAUUAAAAAAAAAGUCUUGCUGUAUUGCGUCAGAAAUUUUGAGGGAUUAAUUGUUUUGCUCCGUUAUUUCCCAAGGGGAUGUGAGUGUCACUGACAUAUCCAGCAGUUACCUCUGAAUGGCUUCCUCGGCCUUUGCAAAAGGCAGUUAAGAUUCACCACAUUGGCUGGGGGUCUGGAGUCACGUGUAGGCCAGGCUGAGAAAAUAUGACAGAUUUCCUUCUCUGAAAGGAACCAAAUACAUUUUAACAAAAAGUGACCAUGACUACCUUUGCCGAGACAGCAUUAUAUUCCAGAAGGAUGUUGCAGCACUUAGAGGAUGGUAGACAUUUGGAGCAAGCAGCUUGAGAGUGUCGUAGAGGCAGGUGUUCUCACAACAUUUAAGAAGUAUCUCGACAAGGACUUAAAAUACCAGGGCAUAGUUGGCAUGUGGCCCGAGUGCAGCUAGAUUGGUUUAAGAGUAACUUGGAUAGGAAACUAAGAACUGCAGAUGCUGGAAAUCUGAAACAAAAACAGAAAUUGUUGGCGAAACUCAGUCAGUCCAGCAACAUCAGUGGGAAGAUGUUUUGAGUGCAGUGACUCUUCAUCGGAAUUGCUAAAUCCAGAACUGCUGAGUUUUGCCAACAAUUUCUAUUUUUGUUUGUGCAGUUUAAUGUUUGUUGGUCAGCAUAGAUGGAGUAGGCCGAAGGGCCUGUUUCUAGGCUCCAUGACUCUAUGACAUGUUUCAAUGUGGCUUUUGCACAUCCACCUUUAACAUCACCCUCAAAGAGAUGAAUCUCUGUAAAUGGUUUACAGGAAUUGCGUAUGUGGAUAUUCAAAAAGUGUCUGAUAAAACACUGCACACAAAGUUCCUCUCAAAAUAGAAACACAUAGGAUUAAAGAGAUGUUGCUAAUCUGCAGAUGUGAUAGGUGAAGUAUAGGCAAUUGGGAAUCAUGGUGAACAGAAGUGAAUGGAAUGUGAUCCCAAGGGAUCAAAAUUAGAAUCAUAUAACAUAGAACAGUGCAGCACAGGAACAGGCCCUUCGGCCUACCACAUCGGCACCAACCAUGAUGCCAACUAAUCCCAUCGGCCUACAUAUGGUCUCGCAUCCCUCUAUUCCCUGCUGGUUUCAUGUAUUUGUCUUAAUUCCUCCGAAAUGUUGCUGUUACAUCUGUUUCUACCACCUCCCUAGCAUCGCGUUCCAGGCAUUUGCCAUCCUCAGUUUAAAGAAACUUGACUUGCACAUCUCCUUUAGAAUCCAUCCCCUCACCCACACACCUUAAACUUAUGCCCCUUAAUAUUUGACGUAACCUCCCUGGGAAAAAAAAGAAAUUCCAACUAUCCGCCCUAUCAAUGCUUCUCAUAAUUUUAUACCCCUCCAUCAGGUCGCCCUUCAGACUCCAAUGUUCAAGCGAAAACAAUCCACGUUUGUCAAAUCUCUCCUUGUAAAUAAUACACUCCAAAUCAGGCAAACCUCUUCUGCAUCCUCUCCAAAGCCUUCGCAUUCUUCCCAUAGUGUGGCGACCAGAACUGCGCAUGAUACUCCAAACGUGGACAAAGUGAAGUCUUACACAACUGUAACAUGACUUGCCAACUUUGAUACUCUGCCUCAACUGAUAAAGGCAAGCAUGCCAUACGCUUUCUUUACUACCUUAUCCACCUGUUUUACCACUUUCAGGGACCUAUGGACUUGUGCCCCAAAGGUUUCUCUCUAUAUCAAUUCUUCUCAGGGUCCUGCCAUUUAUUGCAUACUCUCCUCUUGCAUUUGACCUCCAAAAUGCAUCACCUCACACUUGUCCGGAUUAAGCUCUAUCUGCCAUUUCCCCAUCCAACUUUCCAACUGAUCUAUAUCCUCUUGGAGCAUUUGACAACCUUCCUCACUAUCCAAAACGCUAUUAAUUGCCAUGCUGUCUGCAAACGUACUCAUCAGACCGCAUAUAUUUACAUUCACAUCAUUUGUAUAUAUUACAAACAAAAGCGGUCCUGGCGCUAACCAUAGGUCAGAGAUCUCUGGUCAGUAAAACAUCCCUCCACGACCACCCUCUCUCUUCUAUGACCAGGCUUGUUUUAUGUCCAACUUACCAACUCACCAUGGAUCUCAUGUGACAUAAUCUGCAUUUCAAACCAUCAGCCUCGCUGUGUUCAUUGACUUGGCCCUGCUGUUCUUUCAACUAGACUUACAUGACUUAACAUCUACCAUCUCUUCAAUCCUUCCAUGUGCUUCCUUACAACUCUAAUUCCCACCACCCACCCACACCCAACACUAUUUUAAACACUCACAAGUGGCACCAGCAAACCUACCUGCGAGGAUAUUGGUGGCCAUCCAGUUUAAGUUAAAUAUCCACUGCUUUUCCUUUAUGUGAACUGGAUUUCAGUGCAGGGAGUACAAUUUUGAUGAUUGCAACUGACACGAGUCUCAACAAUAUGGCAAAUGGUAAUCAGGAUUGUAGCGACCAGGACGAUGUAGACUGGCUGUGCAAACAGGCAAUCAUAUGGUGUUGCAAUUUAAUACAAGCAAGUAUGAAAUAAUGCACUUUAAGGAGAAACAUCAAGGAGAGGCAAUAUAUUUUAAGUGGGGAGUGCAAAAGUAGAGACAGGAAGAUGAAUAUUCAUAGAACAUAGAACAUUACAGCACAGUACAGGCCCUUUGGCCCUCGAUGUUGUGCGAACCUGUCAUACCGAUCUGAAGCCCAUCUAACCUACACUAUUCCAUGUACGUCCAUAUGCUUAUCCAAUGAUAACUUAAAUGUACCUAAAGUUGGCGAAUCUACUACUGUUGCAGGCAAAGCGUUCCAUUCCCUUACUACUCUCUGAGUAAAAAAACUACCUCUGACACCUGUCCUAUAUCUUUCACCCCUCAAUUUAAAGCUAUCAGAAAUCUUUAAUGGAAGCAUAAAUGGGGCGGCACAGUGCCUCAGUGGUUAGCACUGCAGCCUCACAGCGCCAGGGACCUGGGUUCGAUUCUAGUCUUAGACGACCGUCUGUGCGGAAUUUGCAUAUUCUCCCUGUGUCUGCGUGGGUUUCCUCCGGGUGCUCUGGUUUCCUCCCACAGUCUAAAGAUGUGCAGGCUGGGUGGAUUGGCCAUGCUAAAUUGCCCAUAGUGUUCAGGAGUGUGUGGGUCGCAGGGGGAUGGGUCUGGGUGGGAUGCUGCAUGGGGUGGUAUGGACUUGUUGGGCCGAAGGGCCUGUUCCCGCACUGUAGGGAAUCUAAUUAAAAAAAAUCAUAUGGGACACAGUGCAAUGUCAAUAGAUGAAUCGAGUACAAAUGCAAGGAAGUAAUGCUAAGAUUUUAGAAAUCUUUGCUUCACCUCAGCUGAAGCAGUGUGCGUGUUUUUGGGUACGGCACUUCACAUAGGUAUGGUAUUAAGAGGGUGCAGAGGAAGUUUAAAAGGGAUGAAGGUGUUCAGUUUGUGGCAAAGUACAAAAUAGAAGAUACAAAAGCUUGACAACAUAUACCAGAGAGGUUUCAGGGUGUUCAGAACUUCAAAGGGAUUUCAUAGAGAGAAUAGUGAGAAGUUUUCUUCAAACAACUGGGUCAGCUUCUACGGACAACACAUUGAAAAUAAAUGUUGAGAAAGCUUGUGAGGAAGAGAAAGUUUGUUAAAGACAUUUUUGAGGUCUUGAAAAGUGAUGGAGCUAGAUUCCAUAAGAAUUUUUUAAAAGGCAAUUGGGCAUGUACUUGGAGAGAAUUAACUUGUUGAGUUCCAGGGAUAAAAGUUAGGAUGUUGGGUUAAAAUGGAGAGCUCAUUGAAAGGACUAGCGCAGGCAUAACGGGUUGAAAAGCAUUCUAACUCCCCCUCCCAUUCCUCAAACGACAUGUCCAUCAUGGGCCUCCUGCAGUGCCACAAUGAUGCCACCCAAAGGUUGCAGGAACAGCAACUCAUAUUUCGCUUGGGAACCCUGCAGCCCAAUGGUAUCAACGUGGACUUCACAAGCUUCAAAAUCUCCCCUACCCCCACCGCAUCCCAAAACCAGCCCAGUUCUUCCCCUCCCCCCACCGCAUCACAAAACCAGCCCAGCUCGUCCCCUCCCCCCACUGCAUCGCAAAACCAGCCCAGCCUGUCUCCGCUUCCCUAACGUGUUCUUCCUCUCACCCAUCCCUUCCUCCCACCUCAAGCCGCACCUCCAUUUCCUACCUACUACCUCAUCCUGCCUCCUUGACCUGUCCGUCUUCCCUGGAAUGACCUAUCCCCUCCCUACCUCCUCACCUAUACUCUCCUCUCCACCUAUCUUCUUUUCUCUCCAUCUUCGGUCCGCCUCCCCGUCUCUCCAGAACCCUCUCCCCAUCCCCCUCUCUGAUGAAGGGUCUAGGCCCGAAACAUCAGCUUUUGUGCUCCUGAGAUGCUGCUUGGCCUGCCGUGUUUAUCCAGCUCCACACUUUGUUAUCUUGGAUUCUCCAGCGUCUGCAGUUCCCAUUAUCACUGUGAUUCCAGGGAAUUCUAUGGUUGCUGUAGCCCAGGAUUUUUUUAAAGGGCAAUAGUGAUGUAUUUAUCAAUGUGAAAAAUCUUGUGCAAUACUGAAAGGACUUCUCAAGAUCAUUACUUUGCAGUCGUCUCUAAAAUCUUGCCCUAAGGACAGUGAAACAAUCAUCUCUUUCUAAAUGGAGUGAGCCUGCCCAUUUACGUGCUAAUGGCAAUCUGUUACCUGCAAUAUCAAUCCAAAAGCUGUAUAAAGCCUUCAGACUGAGCAACUUUUCUGACCUCUCACUUAUUUCUCCUCCAUACUCCGUCAAUGCUGCAUCAAAAGGGCUUGAUGCUCACCUACUCAAAACCUGGUUAUUUGUUCAAAUCGAGUCAGCAAUUCAACUGGAGGGAGGACAAAACUGACCUUCUAACUCCGACGUGAGGGUGUUCCUGACUGAGUCACAGCUCACACUGACAAAGAUCCUUAGUGCAAGCUUUGAAGCUUGGAAAUCCUUCAGAAUAAAAGACCCUUCCAUUCAGUCUUGACAGGCAGGAUAAAAUUAACAUUAAUUGAUCAGGUUAGUUUUAAAAUAGAAUCAGUGAGAAAAUUAAGUGUCUUUCUAGUUUUAUUUGCAAUUGUGUUAAUGAAUUUAUUAAUUAAUAUGAAUUUUGGACAUUGUUGUCUCAA